GGCAACGCGAGCUCUCACUGGCUGGCUGUUGGCGGUUGCAAUUUGAACGCGGUCCGUGGAAGGAGUAAGAAGCGUGUUUGGGCCCUAAACUCGCUCUCUGGUGCACGUUAAAGUCCAGGAGUUGAACACGAGAUUUGAUAUCUAUGUGUUGUGGGGAAGUAUAAAUCAUAGGGUGCCAUGUCUCUGGAAGGGAAUGAGUGGGAACUCAGCAAGGAGAACGUGCAGCCUCUGAGGCAGGGGCGAGUGAUGGCUACUUUGGAGGAAGCUCUGGCUCAGCAAGAUGUUUCUGUCCACCCCACCAUCCAGCAGCAAAAACGGGAAUUUGAAUCAGAAAUUCGAUUUUAUUCUGGAGAUGAUCCCUUGGAUGUUUGGGACAGAUAUAUCAAAUGGACAGAGCAAACCUUUCCCCAAGGUGGUAAAGACAGCAAUCUUUCAGCUGUGUUGGAGAGAGCUGUUAAAGCACUGAAUGAGCAGCAGAGAUAUUAUGAAGACCCCCGCUAUCUCAACCUCUGGCUAAAAUUUGGGAACUGCUGCAGUGAACCUCUGGAUUUAUACAGCUAUCUCAGCAGCCAGGGGAUAGGCACAUCACUAGCUCAGCUCUAUAUCACUUGGGCAGAGGAACUUGAGGCAAGAGGAAAUUACAAGAAAGCUGACUUGAUUUUCCAGGAAGGGAUUCGCUGCAAAGCCGAGCCUGUGGAUAAACUUCUAUGCCAUCACAGGCAAUUUCAGGCUCGUGUGUCUCGGCAGACUUUGGAAGGUCUAGAGGAAGACUGUGAUGCAGAAGAGCUAAUGGGUGCUCUUUCAGCUGAACCCCAAAGAACCACAUUGGCAGAAUUGAAAGGAAGAGGAAAGAAAACAGCAAAAGCUCCAAUCAGCCGCAUAGGGAAUGCUGUAAAGUUGCCGGGCCAAGGGCAGAGACUCCAAACUCCUUCAUCUCAGCAAGCGUCGAAUCGCCCAACUUUUGCAGUAUUUGAUGAAAACAGAGUUGUAACUUCUGGGCCUGAACUUCCAGCACUUGUGCCACAGCCAUGGGUUGCACCUCCACCAGUAAAGGCCAAAGAGAAUGAACUGCAACCAGGAGCUUGGAACAUGGGCAGGCGUCCUCGAAGCAACAUGGAUUCUACUAUUGCAACUGCUGUUAUGGUGCCCAGCUUUACACCGUAUGUUGAUGAAUCCCCUCAGCAACAAGCCAUGACUCCUUGUAAAAUAGAGCCUAGCAUGAACUGUGUCUUAAGUGUCAGAAAGCCUAAGAAAGAAGAUGAUCCGCUACAUCGUGUGCAAAGCCACCAGCAAGAUGGUCAGGAAAAGAAAGAACAGCCAAUGUAUUGUAAAGAGAAAGUGUAUGCUGGAGUGGAAGAAUUCUCCUUAGAGGAGAUCAGAGCCGAAAUCUACAAAAAGAAAGCAAAGAAGAGAAGAGAAGAAGAACUACAGGCCUUAGCACAGAAAAAAACUGAAUUACAGAGGGAGAUUGAGGAAAUUGAGAAGGUGGUGAGAGAGCAGCGAGAAAAACAUAAGGAAAAAUCAGAUGGACAGCAUGCAGAGAAGCAGGAACCUGAAGUCAUUUCUUCUAACUUGGCAGAGAUUCUGAAGCCUUCUAUAAGAGAAGAACAAUGUGCUCCGAUGGAUUCCAAAGUAUUUGUUGAAGGAUCUCCUUCGGAUUGUUUUUUCUUGAAAAGCAAUCUGGAACGGGAUGAAAAUGUUCAACACAAGAAGUCAACCUCAAGCGAUUCCGAUAUCCCCCCUGCAGUGACUGCUUCAUUACCUUUCUCUAUUUUUGAUGAAUCUGUUUUAGAAAAUGAGGGAGCCAAUCUUUCUGCUGGCCCUUUGGUUCAUGCCAGAUGUCCUCUUGCUGUUCGUAAACCUUCAGAAAGUACUAUCGCAAAGGAAAAUGUACCUCCUGAAAAUUCUCAUGAGCCUCCUGAAGCAGAACGCUUGGUUGAAGAUGCAAUACUCACAGGUUCAUACAAAAAUAAAACCCUCUGCCCAAAUCCUGAAGAUACCUGUGACUUUGUUAGGGCUGCUCACUUGGCAUCAACCCCUUUCCAUGGGAUCAUAGAACAGAGAAGUCAGCUUGGUGACAAAGAAAAGGGUGAAUGUCAAGGAUCCAAGACUACAUUGCUUAUGCAGAAAAUGGUUGAGAAUGAUGAUCCGUAUGCUGAAGCCCUCUUUGUGAAAAAGCUGAGUCCAAUUAUGGAGGCAAGUCAAGAAGAUACAAGGUCUUCUGCAUCUUCAACUUCCUCAUCGCAAAUAUCCAUUAAAUUUCAAAAAAUCCCAGAGACACUGGAGUUGGCUCAUAUUUCCAGUGAUGACAUUGCCAGUGAUGCUGAAAAUGGUUCUAAUUACUCUCCAGUUUGUUCCGAACAGCGCAAAUUGCUAUUGCAACCUCUCUUGGAGAGAUUGACAAAAUGCCCUGACUUAAUAUUAGAGGCACAGCCAAUGCCUUGGAUAGAAUUGGAAAAAGAAGUUCAUUUGGGUAAUGACAUUUACUGUAUCAUUCGGGAAUAUUUGAUCAGUGGGGAUGACAAGAUGUUUUCUGCCAAUUUUGCUCAUCAGGUCUCAGCAGCAUUUUUAAUGAAGGUGAACUUUGAGCCGGUGCCAUGGGACUUUUACAUCUUGCUGCAAUUACGUGAACGGUUAGGUGCUGGGUUUGAUCAGAACUUUAGUGACAACUGCACUUGUUUCUUAUACCACAAUGGAUGUGUGACUCUACAAAGAGAGAGAAACUGCACUACAGUCCAGGAUAUGAUCCAGCGCUGCAAAGUUAUCCCACACGAAGUGGCCAUGCUGAUUGCUGACAAUCUCCUAGAGAUUGUUGAAAAAUUGCAUACAGUGGAGAUUAUUCAUGGAAAUCUGCAUCCAGAAUCUUUGUUCUUAGGAGACAGAAUCUGCAAUCCGUUUCUCAUGGAAAAUGCUACCAGUGCUCUGAAAUUAGUGGAUUUCUCACACAGCCUAGACUUGAGGCUGCAACCAGGAGUCAGUUCAAUAAUACACUUUCCAAUAGCUCAGACCCAGUAUGGGAAACAGAUGCUUGAUGAAAAAUCUCUUCCUUACCAGAUUGACUUACUUGGUAUUGCAAACACAGUCCAUAUGAUAUUGUUUGGGGAAAGUUUGCAAGUGCAUCAGGAAGAAGGCUACUGGAAAACUAACAGAGACUUAUCCCAGUUUGUUGACAGCGAUUUGUGGAGUAAAUUCUUUGGGAAAAUUCUGAAUGGAAAUAAUGAGUUUACUGUGCCUCUUCUGAAAGAGCUGAGGGAGGAAUUGAGCGGUGAAUUUGACAGUUCUUUCUCAGAACGCCUCAGUGAUUAUUUGACAAAUCUGGAAGGCAUUCCUCAUGUUGAAAACACCUUCUGAAUUACAGAAAAUAUAUUUAUAUUAUAUCCUGGAAUUUCUAGUUGCCUGGCCACCCUUUGUCACCCUUUGGUGAGCAAAGAUACAUGCUUCCUUCUUUUUCAGGUGUAUAAAAAUGGAACAAUGUUCACAAUAAUUUGUUCAUGAUUUAUUCAAAGAAUUCUAGUUGAUGCCUUAACUAUAUGUACUGUUUCUGUCCUUUGACAAGCCUCCCUGUACCUUUAAUGCCUACUUGUGUAUAGUUAUUAUGUGUUCAACAUCAAUCAUUUUGUGACAACACGAGUUCUUCAUUCUGUUUGUAAAUUUAUCACCUAUUCUCUUAUAGUCUUAGUUUAAUAAAACUUUUGCAACCACACUA